UCGAGUUAGUAUUGGGCCCAUAUCCCUAUAUUUACAAAUAUGUCCCUCACAAAUUUUCCUUACAGGUUGAAGAGGUUGGGAGAAGGUAAAGGAAGUUGCAAAUGUUGCAGAAUCUUGUUGACACUCGCUGUCAGGGAAUCAAGGCUUGCUGUCAGCUUAUCGACCUUGCGGUCGAUGGCAGAGCAUUGAUUCUAUACAGCGAGAAUCCGCUGAUUCCAGUUAGAAAAGUCGAAGAAGGAAACCCCCAUGUGGUUUGGAGUGCUAGCGAGGAUGGCACCCUAAGACAACAUGACCUGAGGGAAGGCAGUGAAUGUACUUCAGGAGCCUCUGGACAUGAAGAUUGCCGCAGUGUUUUGGCGAGUCUGACGAGACCCUACGAGGCACGGUUGGCGGCCAUCAUAGCCGAAAGCAAGCAACGGGCAGAAGCAGCAGCAGCAGCACGGAAGAAGAGAGAGGCAGAGGCAGAGAGACUGCGUCUUCUGGCCGAAGAACAGCGGCAGAAGCACGCGGCAGCAGCAGCCAAGGCCGCUGAUGAAGAACCUGAGCGGCGACGCGAAGUUAUAUUCAGGGAGGAAGGUGCAUUACAUGCACAAGCCAAGGACUGGCAAAGGGAGGCCGAGAGCGGCGAAUCCGUCGACUAUGGGAGCAAGGUAUCUCAUCUGCUCAACCGUGUCACGGACCUCCUUGCUACUUGCAUCGCGCAGCAGGAGGACAUCCACUCCCUCGACCACACCAACAAGGCGUUACAGCAGUCGGUGGACCAGAUGCUCAAGCACAUACAGCAGCUGGAGCAGCAGGUCGACACCGCCAACACCAGCGUCGGCCCCUCCGAUCUCGUCGACCGCGUCAAUGUCUUGGAGAUAGACGUGGGAACACUUAAGACUGGUGCACAGCAGCUGCAACAGCAGGUUUCCGCAGCAGCCGGCCCUAGCGCAACGACACGCGAAACUAUUGCCAAGUUCGAUGGGCUCCCGAUCUUCUGUGGCGCAUCGAAGACCGAUCCCAUCCAAUGGUGGCGCCAGUUUGAACUCAAGCUGGAUAUCCACCACGUCAUCGACGCAAAUCGGCAUGCAUAUUUGUACUCCCGCUGGGGAGGCGCGUGUCAGGCAUGGUUGGACAACAUGCUGUCCGCACAUGCAUGUACAGUCACCGAGUUGCACAAAUACAUCACUUGGGAAGAUCUCACGACGGCAUGGAAGAAGCGUUUCCAAGUAGAACCGCCCGAGCACCAGGCGAUGGACAAGCUGCUGACGUUUUCGCAGAACAGCAUGCCAAGCGGAGACUGGAUAUCUGAGUUCCAACGGCUGGCAAGCACGCCCAAGUUGCCGAUGAACUUCGAUGACAUCAAGCUUUACUUCAUCAAGAGGUCGUGCCCAGCGUUGCAGAAUGCGUUAACUCAAGUUGCCGAGAACCUCAACACAAGUGAGGAACUCUUCAACAAAGCCGCGCAGAUCAUCGUGACGCAUUUGGCAGCCAGGAAUAUGGGCCACUCGUCGACUGCCGGCCAGGGCAUGAAUCAGCAUCGGUCGAAAGUGGUUGUGGUCGCAGCAGCGACAGCUAGUGACCCUUCAACUUCAAACGAGGCCGCGACGUCUGACGAGGGAGACAGAUUUGCAGCUGCCCAGAAUGGUGGCCGCCCCGCCAAAGGACGAGGACGCGGCAAGACAAAGACCAACACCACUUCUUCUUUUGGGCCCGGGCAAGCAGCUCAAGAGCAAGGACAUUGGACAGCGUACGGGCUUACGGAGCAUGGGUACCGCGUCCGCACUUUGUGGUGCAACAGCUCAGCACAUGAGACAGCGAGCUGUCCCACGAAGGCCAAGGGUAUUGCGGAUAUACGACCCGAAAUGCCAACGCGCGUCACCACGAACGCAUCCGGCUAUGACAUUGGUGCCGUCCUCGAGCAACAUGACGGCGUGGACUGGCACCCGGUCGUAUACUUCAGCAAGGAAGUGUCGGCCGUGCACUCAAUCGAUGAUGCACGCAAGAAGGAACUUCUCGCCUUCGUCCACGCACUCAAGCGGUGGCGACACUUCCUCCUCGGUCGGCGCCAGUUCCGAUGGGUAACGGACAACAAUCCAUUGGUUUUCUACAAGUCUCAGGACACCAUCAACAGCACCAUCGCCCGUUGGAUGGCCUUCAUUGACCAAUUCGACUUCUUUGCCGAUCACAUGCCGGGGAAGUCGAACCGUUUUGUGGAUGCCCUUUCACGGCGUCCGGACCACUGCACCGUGGUCUACUCAACCUUCGAGAUCGAGGACGACUUGCGGGACAGCUUCAUCCGCGGCUAUCAAGCCGACCCCGAAUUUUGCGACAAGGAAGCGAUUGCCAUGGACAUUACCGGGCCGUUCCCCAAGCACAAGACGGGCGUGGAUGGGAUUCUCACGGUGGUUGAUCGACUCACCAAGUUUGCCAUGUUUUUGUCUUGCCGCUAUCACGCCAAGGCACCGGAGUUGGCCGAGGUUCUCUACGCCGGUUGGAUUCGAACCAAGGGUUACCCCAACGAGAUCGUCUGCGACUGCGACACUCGGUUCAUGUCCGAUUUUUGGUUGGCGCUCAUCAAACGAUGGGGCUCAUCCCUCAAGCCAAGUUCGGCUCGCCACCCCCAAACUGAUGGCCAAACGGAGAGGGCACAUCAGACCACACAGGUUCUCCUUCGAACUCUCAUCCGACCCGACCAGAAAGAUUGGGUUGAGCGGCUGCCGGAUGUCGAGUUGGCAUACAACUCGUCCAUCCAUCCAGCUAUCGGGAUGUCGCCCUUUGAGUUCGAGCAUGGCUCGCCGGUCAAUUCUUCGUUGGACACAAUCAUUCCACGGGCGGCCGAGAGCGACGACCAUCUUCUCUUCAUUCGUCGGAUGCAAGAACUUCUUAUCAAGGCAUGCGACCAGAUGGCAAAGACGCAGCAACGUAUGCGCCAACAGGCCAACCGCCAGCGUCUUCCUUGUCCAUUCCGCGUCGGCAACCUCGUCUGGGUUUCCGCCGCGGAAUUCAGCCUCGAACAAGAUAUCUCUCACAAGCUCCUUCCGAAAUGGAUGGGGCCCUGGCCGAUCGUGGCACCCGCUGCGGACGCACCCGAAGGACCUUCGUUCAUCAUUCAGGUGCCUGCCCACUUGCCCGUCAACCCGGUCUUUCACUGUUCCAAGUUGGCUCUAUCUACACGCCAUCGGAACUUGACGACUUUCCUGGGCGACAAUCGCAAGACCCACCCUCGAUGGACGGUUUCCAAGAGGUUGGCGACAUCAUAUCGCAGCCACGUGCCACGUCAGCAGUGCCACGUCACAGUGCCACGUCACAGUGCCAGAUCAGCAGUGCCACGUCACAGUGCCACGUCAGCAGUGCCACGUCAGCAGUGCCACGACAGCAGUGCCACGUCAGACAGUGCCACAUCAGCAGUGACGUCCGACACAGUGCCACGUCAGCAGUACCACCUCGCACUAAUCGCGGCUGAGGAGCAACGCCAGCUGGCAGCCAAGGCUGCCCAGCUACAGGCUGACGAAGCGGCAGCAGCAGAGAAGCUGCGGCUACAGGCCGAAGCAGGCGCAGAUACCCAGGCUCGCUGCAAGGAAGCCCAGGAUAUGCUGCAGCGGCAUGAAGCCACCAGCAUCGACAGACUCAAGUUCUGGCACUUUCAACCGAACGGCGACAAUCCAACACCGGAAGAGAAGCACAAGGAGUUCCUCUCCAAACUCGUGACGCGGUUGCUGUAUGCUUGCAACUACCAACGGUCAGAGUUGGAGAGACAAUACCGGGACCUGACGCAACAGCAUCAGGAGUUGGCGACGGUCCGCCGCACAGUGCAGAGCCACGAGGAUGCAACUCGGGCACUCAAUGCCCGAUUGCUGGACCUGGAACAGGCUGUACCAGGACCAUCUGCUGGGGCUUCCAGCAGUGCACCCUCUAGCCACCAACUGGAGGAAUGUGUUGACCACAUCCUGGCAAUGCUCGGCGACAUUAGCACCUUCGCUGCGCCGUCCACCAUCAGCACUCAGCUGCAUACCUUGAAGACCGAGGUCCAACAGCUGCAGUCGACGAACGCAGAUGGCAAUCAGAAGAUGCCAACUUUCCAACUAGAAAAGUUCGAUGACUACACACAGCAGGAUCCGACCCUCUGGUGGGAGGCAUUCACGACGCAACUCAGGAUUCUGCCCGUCGCUAAGCACAAGUACAUCGGCGCCCUGUUCGUGAACUUAGAGGGCGGAUGCCAGACCUGGUUGACCCACCUGGCAACCUCCCACGGCGUCGACGUACCGGACCUCAAGGACAAGAUUACAUGGGAAGAACUGACACGGCUGUGGAAGAAGCAGGUCAUCGUCGACGACGCGCCAGCACUCGCCAUCAACCGACUGUUCGCCAUGUCACAGGGCAACACAACAACACGGGACUGGCUCACGGAGUGGCAGAAGAUUGCGGCUGUGCCCAAUCUGAACUUACCAUUCGAGCAUCUACGCCGUGAGUUCUACAACAGGUCCUGUGCUGCAUUGAGCCAGGCUCUUGGUGAUCACGAGCAGUACUCAACCUUUGCUGAGAUUAUUGACAAAGCAAGGGAGAUCAUCAAGACCAACAG